AUGGCUUCUCAAGAAGCCGUGGCUGUAGAGUCCUCCAAGGCUCCCUCGACCGGAAAUGACAACAAGAAGCUUCAUAUCACAGAUACCCCGGUCACACUGUCCACCUGGCACAAGCAUGUCAACUGGUUAAACGUGAUUCUGAUCUUGAUGGUUCCCUUGUAUGGUUGCGUUCAGGCAUAUUGGAUUCCCCUUCAGAUCAAAACCGCCAUCUGGGCUGUUCUCUAUUAUUAUAUGACCGGUAUUGGUAUCACGGCCGGUUACCAUCGCCUCUGGGCUCACUGUUCCUAUUCUGCAACGCUCCCUUUGAGAAUCUAUUUGGCUGCCGUCGGUGGGGGUGCCGUCCAGGGCUCAGUCAGAUGGUGGGCUCGCGAUCACCGUGCUCACCACCGUUAUACCGAUACCGACAAGGACCCAUACUCGGUUCGCAAGGGCCUCUUGUACUCCCACCUUGGCUGGAUGGUGAUGAAACAGAACCCAAAGCGUAUCGGCCGCACUGAUAUCACUGAUCUCAAUGAGGAUCCAGUCGUUGUCUGGCAGCACAGGAACUACCUCAAGGUCGUCCUCACCAUGGGUUUGAUCUUUCCCACCAUUGUCAGUGGCCUCGGCUGGGGAGACUGGUGGGGUGGUUUCAUCUAUGCUGGCAUCCUGCGAGUCUUUUUUGUCCAGCAAGCCACCUUCUGCGUCAAUUCCCUGGCCCAUUAUUUGGGAGAACAGCCUUUUGAUGACCGCAACUCUCCUCGAGACCAUGUUCUGACUGCCUUGAUCACCAUGGGUGAAGGCUAUCACAAUUUCCAUCACGAGUUCCCCUCUGACUACCGUAACGCUAUCGAAUGGCACCAGUAUGAUCCUACCAAGUGGAUCAUUUGGGUAUGGAAGCAAGUCGGCCUCGCAUACGACUUGAAGCAAUUCCGUGCCAAUGAAAUCGAGAAAGGCCGCAUUCAACAAUUGCAAAAGAAAAUCGACCAAAGACGUGCUAACCUUGACUGGGGUGUUCCUCUCGAGCAGCUGCCCGUUAUGGAAUGGGAUGAGUACGUCGAACAGGCUAAGAACGGCCGUGGUCUCAUUGCUAUUGCCGGAGUCGUCCAUGACGUUACCAAUUUCAUCAAGGAUCAUCCAGGAGGCAAGGCCAUGAUCAACUCCGGCAUUGGCAAAGACGCAACCGCCAUGUUCAAUGGCGGUAUCUACAACCACUCCAAUGCCGCUCACAACCUCCUGUCGACGAUGCGUGUUGGUGUUAUUCGGGGCGGUUGCGAAGUCGAGAUUUGGAAGCGAUCCCAGCGAGAAAAUAAGGACAUCGAGUCCGCCCGUGAUGCCUAUGGCCAGAGAAUCAUCCGGGCCGGCGAACAGGUGACCAAACUCCCUGAACCAGUACCAAGCGCCGGCGCUGCAUAA